UCCAGGUGAGAGCGCGGUGUCUGGAGGAGCGAAGCGAGCGCGCGCGCCCAUCCCCCGGCCGGCCGAGGCGCGGGCAGCAGCGAGUAGCAGCCAGCAGCUGACGGCAGGCCAUGGCGCUGUGACCGCCGGCCAGCCACCCACACGCGGACAUGCGGCCCCUCCUGGUCGCCGUCUGCCUGCUGCUCGUCUCGCCCAUCACCGGACACUGGUGGGCCGCGGGCAGUCACGUGGUGCUGGACCCGACCAUGAUCUGCAAGAAGACGCGGCGGCUGCGCGGCAGGCUGGCCGAGAUCUGCCGCAAGGAGCCGGCGCUGCUCAAGGAGAUCUCCAAGGGGGUGGCGCUGGGCACGCGCGAGUGCCAAUUCCAGUUCCGCAACCGCCGCUGGAACUGCACCGCCGUGCGCCGCAGCCUGCGCAAGGUGCUCAUGAGAGACACGCGCGAGACGGGCUUCGUGAACGCCAUCACGGCGGCGGGCGUGACGUUCGCCGUGACGCGGGCCUGCUCCAUGGGCGAGCUCAUCGAGUGCAGCUGUGACAAGGCCAUCAAAGGUGAGUGCGAAACUCCUCUAUUUAAAUCACAUUCCGCUGCAAAUGGAACAUCAGCGACCUCGGCCGCCGAGGGCGAGUGGCAGUGGGGAGGCUGCGGCGACAACGUCAACUUCGGCUACCGCCGCUCCAAGGACUUCAUGGACGCGCCCUACCGCCGGCGCUCCGACAUCAAGACUCUCGUCAAGCUGCACAACAACGACGCCGGCCGCCUGGCGAUCAAGAACUUCAUGCGCACCGAGUGCAAGUGCCACGGGCUGUCCGGGUCGUGUACGCUGCGCACGUGCUGGCGCAAGAUGCCGCCGUUCCGCGACGUGGGCAACCGGCUGAAGGAGCGCUUCGACGGCGCCGCCAAGGUGAUCCCCAGCAACGACGGCCGCUCCUUCAUGCCCGAGGGCCCCACCAUCAAGCAGCCCGAGCGCACCGACCUCGUCUACUCGGAGGACUCGCCCGACUUCUGCCUGCCCAACCGGCGCACCGGCUCACUGGGCACGCAGGGUCGCGAGUGCAACGCCACUUCCCCCGGCGUCGACGGCUGCGAGCUGCUGUGCUGCAGCCGCGGCUACGACACGCGCGUCGUGCGCGAGAAGGUCAACUGCAAGUGCCGAUUCCGCUGGUGCUGCGAGGUCACCUGCAAGACGUGCGUCGAGCGCCGCUCCAUCAACACCUGCCGCUAGCCUGCGGGCUGCCGCCACUUGUGCCACUGUGGUUCCACUCUCGCGAUCCAGAAACUGAUUGGUCGGCCGCUUUCCGGGCUACAGAAAUCCACAUUAUGCCGGGCAGGCAGAAUAAAACUGUCCCAGAGAAUAUUUGAUGCACCUGAAGAUAGACAACACGGUUUACAUCAUUCGCCCGAAUGGUGUAAGUUGGGGUGCCUACCUUAAGGCGCAUGAAAUAUUUUUCCGGGCCAAAUCUAUUCUGCCAACCCUGUGGUCGCUUCUAGCACUCCUUAAGUUUCUUUUGACAUCCUAAUGUAUACCUGAGAGCUUUGUACUUUUUUCAGAGUUCUGCCCUCUCGUGAAUGUCUCGCAGUAAUGUUUAAGUGAGGGACGAUUAUGUUGACGAUACUUACUGCCUGAUAUAGUUCGCGCCAAUCGCACCUGUGCAGAGAGAGAAAGUGAUAUGGAAACGUGCAUGGGAUGGGAUCGGUGUUCGCAUGGCGGUAGUGACGGCGCAGUCACGCUCUAUAUUGCCGCACCUGUGAAAUGUUGCUUCGGACAACAGCCACUAGAACUGCAUCCUUACUGAAGAAUGGCCAGAUCGUAGCCUCGAGGAGAAUUUUUAUCGCCAUCAAGCGCCACUGAAUGAUAGAUGAAACCUCAUUAGCUGCUGGAGUCAGUUGCGGAUGAGUGGGUAGGGGAGGGGGGAGGUAAUGCGCAGAAUCGUUGGAAACUGGGCGCAUCCAGCAGUACCUACGAGAAAAUGUCAAGAAAUAUCUGAGACUAGCUCGCGGAAACAUUUGCACCAUUAGUAUAGCGUAAGGGAAAAAAAACUGGCCCAGAAGAUAUUUCACACACCUUAAGAUAGG